GCGCAAUCGGAACAAUUGUGCUAUAUAUGCCAAAUGUACUCGACUCAGUAUUUCAAAUUUUCUGCGUCCGAUAUUGGUCGGGCUGGUGAUGAUGUGCAGUUUCAACAAGCAAGGGGUUCAGAGAAUAAACAACUGGCUUAAAUAUCGUAGUGCCCGCGAUUACCAACUAGAGGUGAUAUCUAAAACCGACAAAGAACUGCUCAAAGAUGGGCAUCCGCAAGACAUUUCCCAAUUUACCACCUACCACAAAAUUGCAUCCGAAACAAAACGCGGGAACAGACUGCUGCUCAGUUCGCGGGACUUAUCCGAUUUGUUUCAAUAUUGCAUUAAGCAGCAUAACCAGCUUGACCCUUAUUUGCGAUAUGUCGCUAGCAGUUCUCCUCUAUACCGAAUGCCAGUUAACAUAGUUCCACCUAGAGGAGCAAUUAUACAUUUUGAAGCAACAGGCUGCCAGGCUGAGCUACAGAGUUCGGGUCACUUUAAUAGCGACCCUGCUAAAGAAAGAGCUACUUGGAUGACGGAAAUAAAUAAACUUGCCAAGAACAGCUUGGGAGAGGAGCGGCGGUUAUAUGGCUGUUAG